UCCUCAAACACCCACUCUCUCCCUUUCUCUCUCUUAUAAUUCCCGAAUUACCCCUGUGUUUAGUUUUUGUUCUUUGUUUUCGGCGAUUCCGAGGUGAAGAAAUCCGGUUAUGGAUCAAAAUUACAGCAGCAACCAGCAGUCUUUCUGGCAAUUCAGCGACCAGCUUCGUCUCCAGACCGCCGGCCUUGCCAAUUUGUCCACCAAUGAUUCCAUUUGGAGCAACUCCUUUGUCUCCCGCAACAACCAUAACUCGUUCGAUGUUCGAGUUGGAGCCGAGCUCGGUUCUUCCAACUCUACUUCCAAGCUCGCCUCCAACCCUAACACCUUUACUAACGACGGCUGGAACAGUUUCAAGACAUUCGGGUCGGAUCUUCUAGGUGGCAACACGAACCCGAAGCCACUCGGGUCGGGUAAUAACCUCAAGAACCCGGUGAUCGAUUACGAAAUGUGGAACAGAUUCAAGGCAGGAACCGGGUCGGAUCUUGUAGGCAGUAGCCUGAACUCGAAACAGCUCGGGUCGGGCAACACCAACGUCAACGAUCUAGUGAACGACUUCGGAACGUGGAACAGUUUCAAGCCAGGACUCGGGUCAAAUCUUCUGAACCCGAAGCCGAACCCGAUUGGGUCGGGUACAAGUAACAAGGAUCCAAUAAACGAAUACGGGUUAUGGAGCGGUUUAAAGCCGAAAACCGCCAGCGAUUACAACGGAUUCAACGACGGGUGGAAAAUCAACGGAACAACGGUGAAAAACCAAAACCCUAAGGAGAUCGGAAUUAGCAACGGCGGAGGGAAUUACAGCAAGGGAUUGUACUACAAAUUGGGGACACCGGCGAACGGCAACGGGAAUUUGAAUUGGAAGAACUAUAGAAGCGGCGGGGAGGAGGCGGAGCAUGGCGGAGGGAAAGGGGGAAAGAAGGGGAAUAAAGGGAAAAACGAAAACGGAACGGUGGAGAAGAGGUUCAAGACGCUGCCGGCGGCGGAGGCGCUGCCGAGGAACGAGAGAAUCGGGGGGUAUGUGUUCGUGUGCAAUAACGAGACGAUGGCGGAGAAUUUGAAACGGCAGCUGUUUGGGCUGCCGCCGCGGUAUAGGGAUUCGGUUAGGGCCAUAACGCCGGGGCUGCCGCUUUUUCUGUACAACUACUCUACGCACCAACUCCACGGCGUUUUCGAGGCCGUAAGCUUUGGAGGGACAAAUAUUGAUCCGACGGCUUGGGAGGACAAGAAAUGUCCGGGAGAAUCCCGUUUCCCUGCUCAGGUGAGAGUGAUAAGAAGGGAAAUAUGUGAGCCAUUGGAGGAGGACUCGUUCAGGCCAAUUCUUCACCACUACGACGGCCCAAAAUUCCGGCUUGAGCUCAGCGUUCCGGAGGCCAUCUCUCUUCUUGAUGUUCUUUCCCACCAAAAUUCUUAAUUCUCUCUCUCUCUAGAAGCUUAGAAUAAAUAUAUUUAUGUACAUAAUUAUACUCCUAAAGUUUUUUUUAUAUAUAUUUAUUUAUAAUAUGCUAUGAUAUAUGUAACGUUUUUGUCUACUAUAAA